AUGGCAGCAGAAGACUACUGCUAUGACCCUGUAAUAGCCACAAAAGUUAUAAAUACUUCCCAUAUAUUGGAUUUCACAUUUCCUCCCGAGUCUGGGAAAAAGUUCCCAGAUGUGAUCCACUUGGUCGGCGGAAUCAUACCUACUCCGGAAAAGGAUAAAGAUGUCUUGUAUGCUCACGGCUACAUUCCAGAGUGUGUCGCCAGUCGUAUUCCAAGUCAUAGUGGAGGUGGGCUUCCGGUAACGAUUACAGCCAGUAAAGCAUUCAGCUACUACUGCGGCUAUACACCAUUUGCUCACGGGUUUACUUUCAAGUCCGCAGUAAUCAAUGGAACUGCCACUCUGCUCCCCUAUGACGGUACUUCCCAUUGUAAGGAGGAGGUCACGGAGGAGGACAUUAAAAAGAAUGAAAAAGUAUACGCGCUGUAUAACAUUGUCGAGGGAAUGCUCCCAGGAGAAUGGGAGAACACUCGGCAUCCUUUUAAGAAUGAAGAAGUUGCACGGGUUUAUGUUGUCCGAGUCGACAUUGAUACUAAGGAAUCUCACACGCAUAAGCGCCAAGAUGUUUUUGGCUAUGAAGCAGACUGGGAAACGGGCACUGGCAAAGAGUAUUGGGAGGGGGCGAUUCCGAUGUGGGAGACAUACGGUUCUAUGAUUCCGGGGAAAACCGACAAAAACCUCCCCUGUCACUUAUUAAGGCUUUUUGAACAAAGAAACAAAGACAAUAAGGCUGAAGCAGAAGUGGAGGCAAAGCGGCCUUUUGUUUCGUCCAAAACCAAGGUCUAA